AUGAAUCGAGAAAGAAUACCGCUGCUAUUCAAAGAACUAAAAUCGGGACUUUCAGUUGCUUUUGCAACUCUCUGUAUUAUUGAUAUCUUCGGUGUCUUUCCGAUUAUUGCCCUCCCAAGAGCCAUCGUGCAGUGUGGUUUGUAUGGUAUUCCGCUAGUAUUCGUAGUUUUUGGACUUCAGAUUUACACUGCUGCUCUACUUGGAGAAUCAUGGAUUAUUGCUACAGCUCUAGAUCCUCAUAUUUCACGAAAAAACCGGUACCCUUUAGCAGCUGUAACAGAGCUAACUUUGGGUCCAUGGGCUCGCACUUUCGUCACAUUACUACUAGACCUUACAAUAUUUGGUUGUGGGAUACCUAAUCUUUUAGUAGCAUCUCAAAACCUCCAGUUAUUUGGUUUGAAAGUAUCGAAUAACGUAUUCGAUCUCUCUUUCUGUUACUGGCUGCUGGUUGUGGGAAUUCUUUUGUGUCCUCUCAUGUGGCUUGGAAGUCCUCGAGAUAUGAAAUGGGUCGCAAUUUUUUCAACUUUGGCUGUCGGUUUAACUGCCGCUUUAGUUUGGUGGUGCAUAAUUAAUGACGAUCGUCCAUUAAACGUUCUUCCAGUUCCUUCAUCACCAGGCUGGGACAAAUUCAUUUCAGGAUAUGGUAUGUUGGCUUUCCAAUUCGAUCUGCAUCCAACCUUGAUGACCGUUCAAGUAGAUAUGAGGCAACCGCAUCUUAUUAAUAAGGCUGUUAUAAUUUCCUUCCUGGUCAGCGGUACUUUAUUUGGUAUCACUGCUGGCUUGGCAUCAUGGAAAUAUGGUGGUAGCACAACAGCCAAUGUGCUUCAAGUUGUUCCAGCUAGUUAUGCAAUUCGAGCCGCAAUUUUAUUAGCUGCACUUCAAUUGUGUCUUUCGAGUGCAUUGGGACAUUCUGCGCUCUUUCAGCAUUUAGAGGAUCAGUGGAGGGUUCAAAGAUCCUUCGGAUGGAAACGUUGUGCAAUGCGAUCAGCUGUAGUUUUCCUAGGCGUAGCAGUUGGAGAAUCGGUACCACGUUUUGAUAUCGUAAUGGCUCUAAUCGGUGGUACUUUAUCCGGACCUUUAGUCUUUGUACUGCCUCCAUUGAUGUACAUUCGAGCGAGAGCCUUAAAGGAAAGAAACGGUGGUCCAGCCACCACCCCGGAAGUGUUUUCCAGUUCAGAAAGACGCUCUAUUCACGAGAUGUCCUCUGAUCCGAGGAUCCAUUCGCAGUCUGUUUUCUAUGGAUUUGCUGAUGGCAGCGCGGCUCCGAAUCGGUAUUCCUACGUUUAUUACGAUGAUAAUGAUCCUUCCAGUGAGCUGACUGAUCUCGAAGACAUACAGCGUGAAGGCUCUUCUAGAGAUCUUGAACUCACGCGUCAGAAAGGAGACGAUCGGCCUGUGUUUUUGGAAGCUAGCAGAAUUACUCAACGUCGGAGACGAGUUAUUUCUGUUGAGGCACCUGGAUUGAGAAGGUUUUGGAACCUCCAGAUGAUGAGGGAUUGGUUUGGAUAUUUGGUUGUCAUUUUAGGAAUUGCAAUCACGAUUUCGUCGACUUAUAUCAAUGUCAAAAAUACUAUUAGGUUUGUGAGAUUCACUCCGCCUUGUAUCUUCAAUGUUAGCGCAGCUUUUGCUGCCUUGAAUAUUUCACAAACUUGAGAUUAGAUUAGAAAUUUUUUAAUUUUAUAAUAUCAGGGUGUCUACUCAAAUCCUGGACAAAAAUUA